AUGGCCACUCAUCCCUUCUUCGGCACUUUGAACCCCAUUGUCCAGGAGUGGGCUAUCGUCCAGUGGGUCGACACAGCGACGAAGGAGAGUCGACACAUGGGCCAGCUGGGUCCGCGCCAGGGUGCGACUGGAGCAGACUUCUCCCUAUGCGUCGGUUUGAAAGGCCAUGAGCUCCUGGUUGCGUUCCAUCUUCCGGUUCCACUUCGCCCUGUACCUACCAAGGCGCCGAAGCCCAUGUACGUCGUCUUACCCGUUGAGAGUCUUGUGAUGGGCGUAUUCUAUGCAACCAUCUCCUCUGCCGACAUUCCGGCCAUGCUGCGUGAAGAGCUACAGAAGAGCGACCUCCAGGCCGGUACCACUUUCCUCCACGUCAAUAUACGCCUGGAUCAGCCCCCAGGCGUCCUUAUGCACUUGCCGCAACCGAUAAAGAAGCCAAUCACGGGAGUCCCUCUUGAAUUGCUCUCAAGCUUGAAGUCGCUUUCCGAGUCGCGCAUAUUCAACCUAUGUCUACAAGAAGACAAGGCCAUCAGCGAGCAGCUCUUUCGCAUCUGUGACAUUAUCCACGGACGAAGUUACAAUACUCCAGCAAACCAGCUUGUUUCGAAGUGGGCGAAGGACAAAUGGGAUGCGUUUCCAACCCAAAACGGCACCUUGGCGACGCCACUCUGUCUACCUCCUCUGUGCAAUGAGAACCCCCCGGUCUCAGUUCCUGCUUGUCAAGCGCCACCUGAACAGGCUCUCGAACGCCGAAACAUUGGGUUCCAGCCCCAAGAACCACCGCAAACUGCCGCCUCGCCCGCCGAGACUGUGACAUGCUACGCCUCCACCGAGAUGACCGCAACGAGCGUUUGCUUCACCGAUGAGCUGGAUAUGGACGAGCCCCUGUCUACGCAGGCGAUGCGCCUCGAAGCGAUUCGCGCGCUGCUCGCAACGCUCCUUAACGAGACGUCAACUCCCGGAUCCUCGUUGAACGAAGUGCAAACGGACCUCGUUGUUGACUUGGCCGAGUGGCUAUACCACGCGUGGGCUUUCGACCCUGUCGCGCACUGGACAUUUUGCGCCGACCUGGGCAAGCUUGCCGUGGCUGCUCGAACCUGCAACCACCGCGUUUUCGACAUAUUGCGGAUCCGAUGCCAGCAGCGACUGAUGUUGGAUAACCCCGUCGAAAAGUCUGCUAGACACGUUAACCUGCCCUCGACCCUUAAAGACAAGAUCAAGGAUCUGAUUGAUUACGUUUACACGAACGUUGCCCGAAACGCUGAUAUACUCAUUCGUGACGAGGUGAUACAGCUGCGAUGUGCUUCGUUGCGUGUGGAAGCCGCCCGUGCGGAUGGAGAUUUGGAUAAUGGCAUGACUGAGGAUGAAUUUGGCUGUCGGCUGGCUCUCUGCGUUGUCAUGGCGUUUUUCAAGACUUGGGGGAGUGCGGAAUUGCGGACUGUUUAA